ACUGUUUGUUGCUUGAAAAUGGAUGCAGUUUAUUAUUAUUAUUAUUAUUCUGAGAGAAACUUGUACUGGACAGGAAAAAGAACUUACUGAAAAGCAUAAUCUCUGGCUUGAUGAAGAGUUAACGACCAAAGUUAACAGCCUCAUUGAACUUCGCCGAACACAUACUGAAUUCGAGGCAGAUAUGUCUGCUAAGCUUGCUAAUGUUGAGAAAAAAUUUAAAGAUUGUUCAAUCUGUCUAAAGUUGCAUAAAGAGAGAGUUAGGGAACUUGAAAGGAAAUUGACAUCUCUGCGGGAGGAGUUAUGCUCCACCAAAGAUGCUGCUGCUGCUAAUGAAGAGCGCUACUCUGCUGAAAAAUCAACUAUUUCUAAGCUUGUUGACCUUUACAAAGAGAGUGCUGAAGAAUGGUCUAGAAAGGCAGGAGAACUUGAGGGUGUAAUUAAGGCAUUGGAAACACAUUUGAGUCAAGUCGACAAUGAUUACAAAGAGAAACUUGACAAGGAAGCAUCUGCCAGAAAAGAUUUUGAAAAGGUCUGGUAUUUUGUUGUUUUGUUCAUGUAAAUAAAUAUUAAAUGGUGCAUUUGGAAGCAUGCUUAAACUAUGUUCCUGAACAUUUGGGGGCCACCACCUUUGGAUAAGUAUGGCAUUUGGAAAGCUUAGAAAGAGUAAUCCACAUUAUGGUUGCUAUCUUUUUCUGGUUGAUAUUGGUAUUCGGUAUUCCAUUCAUUCCUGUAGGACAUGAAAUGGUCUUUUCUUCA